GUUGAGGGCCACACUUCCACCCGCGCCUGCGCAGUAGCCACUCCACCCACCGGGAGUAGGGUGUAGCAAGAUGGCGGAAAGGAUAUUCUGUUGGGGUCCGUAAGUAAUUGUCUCCCCGGUCUUAUGCAGGAGUCUGCCCUGUAAUAAGGAGUGUUUCACUACAGAGUCGGAUUAAUGCAUCCAUAAGCUCUAAUGAAUGGACCCACUGUAUACGGAACUAACAUUCACGAUGCGCGGUUUCCCCGCCGAGCCGAGUUUGUGCUGGACACUUCCUGUUUGAAGGAUUUUUUUUAUUUUUUCAAUCCAAAAAUGGCGGCAAUUUCUGGUGGCGGCUCGCUAAGGCGUAGCGGCCGUCUGAAGGUGGUUUCUCCCGGUACCGACGGCGGCAGUGCGUACGGGGUCUCGGCGCCGCCUGAAUCCGCAGGCCGGACCGUGUCUGGGAAUAUACGGGGGGCGCAGUCACAGGGGAAGACCCGGGAAACGAGAUAUGCGAGAAGGAACCGAGCCCGGGGAGGCGCCAGUGUUUGUGAAUAUGGGAGAGAUGGGCGCGUCAGUGAAGGGAAAGACUCGGGUAUCGAACGGCCGGAGCCGCCCACCAAGAGCAAGGCCCCCAGCCCUACAAAGCCUGAGACCCCCACCAAGAACAAAGCCCCCAGCCCUACAAAGCCUGAGACCCCCACUAAUAGCAAAGCCCCCAGCCCUAAAAAGCCCGAGACCCCCACUAAGAGCAAGGCCUUUAGCCCUAAAAAGCCUGAGACCCCCACUAAGAGCAAAGCCCCCAGCCCUAAAAAGCCUGAGACCCCCACCAAGAGCAAAGCCCCCAGCUCUAAAAAGCCUGAGACCCCCACCAAGAGCAAAGCCCCCAGCCCUAAAAAGCCUGAGACCCCCACUAAGAGCAAAGCCCCCAGCCCUAAAAAGCCUGAGACCCCCACUAAUAGCAAAGCCCCCAGCCCUGCAAAGCCUGAGACCCCCACUAAGAGCAAAGCCCCCAGCCUUAAAAAUCCCGAGACCCCCACUAAGAGCAAAGCCCCCAGCCUUAAAAAUCCCGAGACCCCCACUAAGAGCAAAGCCCCCAGCCCUAAAAAGCCCGAGACCCCCACUAAGAGCAAAGUCCUCAAAAAGAUUGGCACCCCCACUAAGAGCAAAGCCCCCAGCCCUAAAAAGAUUGGCACCCCCACUAAGAGCAAAGCCCCCAGCCCUAAAAAGAUUGGCACCCCCACUAAGAGCAAAGCCCCCAGCCCUAAAAAGAUUGGCACCCCCACUAACCCCAGAAUGACUGUGACUCCAACUAAAGACAAAGCCCCCAGCCCUAUAAAGGCUGAGAUUCCCAAUAGGCACGAAGGGACGAGCCCUGUAAAGGUUGGGGAUUCCAGAAGCGGCAAAGCCCAUAGCCCUAUAAUAGACAAAGUGUUGAGCCCAACAAGGGCUGGAUCCCCCAUUAGUGCACCUAGCCGGAUAAAGUCUUCCAGUGAUGAGAGUCCUGCAAAAGCUCAAGUCAGAGCAUCAAGCACUGGGAAUGGAACAGUACUGAGCCCUGUAAAGUCAGGAUUGAUCAGUAAAAGGAAAGCUGCAAGUCCUACAGUGUAUGGAUCUCCAAGUAAAAGGAAAGCACACAGUCCUGCAGGGGCAGGGUCUAUAGAUCCAAGCAAAGUAGCAAACUCUGCAGAGGCAGAACUUGUUUCUGGGACCAAAAGGCAAAACCCUGUUGAGACUGGGACUGUUACUAAGAGUAAAGCACAAUACAGCGCAGAGGUUCAUAAAAAUACAGAACACCAAGAUCCUUCCACUAAGUGUGGGACCCGCAGCCCUGGGAAGCAGAGACUGUCCAAUAAUGUACAAGGUUUACUUGGCAAUGAGCAGCCUGUUGGUCAAUUAUCCCAAGUCCCUAACGAGAGGAUUAUCCAUGGCUGCAGUGAAUCUAAUCCAUCCAGGCAGUGUGAAUCCAGCCUGUCAGCCAGUAGCAGAGCCCAAGGCUCAAGUGAAGCGGGUCCAUCGAGUGAGAGCGGGACAGGUAUACGUGGGACCCUGACUUCUAAUAGAGACCCUAGAAUACGUUGCAGUUCUAAACAGAUUGUACAGGAGGUGUUGGCAAAGUGCAUUGAAUUCAGCAAAGAAGUAAUGGAGAGCCAGCAACACGUGAGCAUGGAAAGAAGGGAACAGGAACUGAGAAAUUGCACUUGGGAUUUUGAAAAAGCUUUUCAGGAGAAUAUCACUAUCAACGGGCAGGCGUGGCACGAGGCUCCAGAAACCCAAAAUGAACCAGAUAUUAAACUCUUGGAGGAUAAACUGGAUGAUGCGAUAGUGGAUACAGCAUUAAAACGGAAGAGAUACCCCAGAAAAAUCUUGAGCCACGUAGUAAAAAUGCUGAAGACGGAAAGAGAAAUCAUGGCCCAGACCAAACCUGCUGUGGAGCCAGAGGAAAUAAAGAUUGAUUCCCAACAAGCCUCGCGCAUGUUGGAGCUGACUGCAGUAACCACCAAUUUAUCCAAGCAGAUCAGUGAGACAAUGAAGGCUUUGCCAGCUCAGAUAGAGAAGGCCAGUGGGUUCUCCCAUGUGCUGAGCCUUCAGCCCAUCUUGGAGAGCUCCAGAACACGCAAGGAAAUCUUCUGCAGUCAAGUCAAAAUGGUCGACCUGGCAAAGAAACUCCCGAGGGCGGUAGAAAGCACCCCGAGAGAGACAGGAGCCAAGGUGAAACCCAGCCCUGCACUGAGCCGGAGAAGGCAAAGGUCUCAAUCACCUGAAAAAAAGCUCUACCCCCUGCGUUCCAAAAGGAAAAUCAGCCUCUCUUCGUGACCCUAAAGGAGCUCAUCCAUAGGCUCUCAUUAUAGCCAACAGCUAUGCUAGUUUUAAUACUCCCUGCAGCUUGUGUAUAUUUCUGCUCAGAUAUUGCCGUUUUAUUGUAAGGCACAGCCGGCAUCUGUCAAUGUAUCUGCAGAUGUCACUGAGCGGGCGUUAUACCAUCCAGUUCAGCUAUGUUUGGGGGUUUGCAUGGGUUAAUUUACAUAGGUACUAACCUGUACCAGUGCAGUUACUCAUAACAACCAAUCAGAUUUUUGCUUACUUAUUUCUAAUUGGUUGAUUGCACGGGGCAAUUUAAUAUGUCUCAGCCCUACAGUGUCCUAUUUGCACUUUAUCUUGUAGACGACGGCACUUAGUGAUAUGGUAGAACUUCUGCAGCCUUUCAGCUUUAGUUACAUCUUCCUGAACACUCCUGGCACCCCCUCAAGGGACACUGUGCUGUGUAUCACUUCCCUUUGUGUUACAGCAGAAAUUGUUAUCCCUAGCGCCAUGUAGCGUAAGUGCCAUAUGUGCCUUUGCUGGAUAGUGAUUUGUUGCACAGCCCUAGUGCCCGGGUCGCAUUAUCCUUACUGUGCUUGUUCUCUUUGUCCUUACAGUGUAAGGAAAAUAUUUCCCCCAUUUGUAAUAAAAGAAGAAAAAUGCACAUUUAUGGCAUGCCCAGAUCAAAAGACAAUGUAUUUAUGCUCCCCAAACCGUUGCUAAAGGAGCACUGUAAAAAACAAAAAUGGAUCCUGUGUAAAUUGCAUAAAUGUACAUUAUAUCUUCCUGCUGUAUAUUUGUAAAUAUACAUAUUUUUAAGUUAAAGAAAUAAAACUAACCACCAGUUGGGCUACCCUG